UUACAUGUCAUUGAUGUAUUUGAGGUUAUGUUGAUAUCAGUGUAUCGCAUUGAACAUCAAAUAAAAUUAAAGUUGAAUAGAUAAAUAAAUAUUUUGUCUUUAAAACGAUGUGGCGGAGAUACUUAGUGUGGUUUGCCCACGAACAUUUGGAUUUCAGACAUGCCGAAAUGGACAGCAUAUUAUCUUUGCUGGGCAUUCCUAUAAAAUAUAUUGAGCCAAGAUCUAUAAAAAAACCUUACUGGAUAGUGGAACUACCAUCAGAGGACUGUGCCAAGAAGAUAGCUUCUCGAUCCGUACUCGUCAAGAACUUCAUAGAAUUAUGGUCUAGAGCAAAAAACACGACACAGUUACAUGAAAACUUGAAGCAAUCAUUAAAAAAUGACACAGGGGCUUGGGGAAUACCACAUGGUGAAAUUGAACUCUCUGAUAGACAUAUAUGCCCAAAAGAAUUGAUAGAAAAUAGUUGUCCAAAAAACAAAUCAUUCAAAGUUGUUGUGGAGACAUUUUGUAAGCACUUUACUAUGGCAGAAAAAGUUAAGAAGAUUGAGGGUUUCAGCUAUUUACCAUUGGAAGGUCCAGUGAUAUUGAAGAAUCCAGAUGUAAUAUUGUUAUAUGCAGAAUUUUACGGGGACGACCCCAACAAUGUGCCUGAACAGCCAUAUGAUGUGUUCUUUGGAAAAUUGGUCGCAGAAGGGCAGCGUGAUCUAAUCCAACAACACUCUCUGAAGAAGCGACGUUUCAUCGGAAACACUAGUAUGGACGCGCAACUGGCGCUGAUAAUGGCGAACCAGGCUCGUGUGAAGAGUGGCGACAUUGUGUUGGACCCAUUUGUUGGCUCGGGCUCUCUGUUUGUUGCCGCUGCGCAUUUUGGAGCCUACGUGUGGGGAUCAGACAUAGACUUCAUGAUGCUACACGCGAGGACACGUCCAACGCGCGUCGGACAAAAGGUUCGGACUGACGAGGAGAGCAUACGGAGUAACAUGAGGCAGUACGGGAGCGAAUCGAAAUACCUGGACGUGAUGGUGAGCGACUUUUCGCUACCCCUCUGGAGGGAUGGGAUGAAGUUUGACGCCAUUAUAACGGACCCGCCGUACGGUGUGAGAGAGCCCACGGAGAAGAUAGGCAUACAGAGAGACAACUACACACUCUCUGAGGAACAUCUCUCUAACCACAUACCCUCGAAGGUGGAAUACCACAUACAACACAUAUACAGUGAUUUGCUGAACUUCGCUGCGAAGUAUCUGGAGGUGGACGGCAUACUGGUGUGCUGGUAUCCACUAGUCAGGGAAGAGUACCACGAGGAUCAGCUGCCUAGCCACCCGUGCCUCACGCUCGUGGCCAAUUCGGAGCAGGUGCUGUCGAAGCUAACCUCCAGGAGACUCCUCACGUAUCAAAAGGUGCAUGACAAUGACUCCAGCUUGCCUAUCGACACUAGUGCUGGCACGCAUAAUUUCAGGGAAAAAUAUUUCUCAGUUGGCGAGGUAACGCGGAGAGAGAGAAAAGAGAGGAAAGCGGAGGAGUUGGCAGCUAAUGCAGUGUACAGGAUUACUUACGCUGAAACAUCGCUAUGAAAUUGUACAUAAAUAUAUAGAUUAUUUGA